AUGGUCGGAGUACGUCAAAAGUGUCGCCAAAAUGUCCAGGAACUACGGUCGAUGUGGGUGGCAGGUCGUGCGCGUCGGAUUCCGAUUGUCCAACGGAACAGAGCAUUGAUUGUUUCUCUGGGUGUGAAUCCACAACGUUGCACCUGUGCCGAUCCACAUGCAGUCUUCUCAACCUGCGGAAGCCUUUGUCCUGAGUAUUGUGGGCAGCCGGGGCUUGCCACGGCAAAUCUUGUGCCAGCUGCGAAACCUGUCUCAGGACGAUUCAGUUUCACCCAGAUUAGCACGAACAACCUUCGAAUUAGCGAACAUGCUGUCUUGAUCCAUCAAUUUGGAGACCUCUCAGAUGGUUGCUCUCGCCUUGGACCGCCUUUCUUAUUUAAAGGUGGUAGAGGAACGCCAUCUUUGGGUGACGUUGUUUCCGACGAUUCAUCGACAGCCUCGUUUACCCGUGUAGUCGACUGGCCUAUAGUUGACGUCAUUGGCCGAUCAAUUGCAAUUUAUAGGUUCUCUACAACCGAUUACUCGCUCCAGACGAAGGAUGAACUACCGCUUGCAUGUGGCACAAUUGGACUAACUGCCUUUUCUCGACGUUCAUAA